UUUGCGCGCGAUAACUUAAGAGUCAAAGGAUUCAGUUUGCGCGUACACCAUCACCCGAGUCAGCGACACCCAGAGUACUUUCUCCGACGCUGUAUAGCCCAAUCCCUGUUGUGCAUCCCGCCAUUGCCGCAACUCGAAAUACACCUGCGCGCGUCGCUACCUUCAUGUUGCGUCGCGCACACUGAACCUGCCCUGCCCUUACCUCAAUCACCAUAUGGCAGUCAUGGCGUCGCCUCAAUCAGAACGCGCCGUACCGGAUCAGAAGCCGACCGAAUCCACACCAGCGAAGGACGACAGCAAGCCCGAAACCAAUGGCCACGCCUCCCCUGCUGAGAAAAGCUCCGACAAGGUAGAUGAGUCCGCAAAGUCACCCAAAGUUAACGGCAACGGCAAGCACGAUGAGGAAGUGAAGGAGUCUUCCGAUGCGAAAGCGAGUCCUGCCAAGGAGAAGGAAACAGAGAAAGAGGAACCAGCCAAAAAGUCACCUACACCGGCGGCCGACGAAUCUCCUGCCAAGCCCAAGUCCGCAGAGCCUGAGCAGUCGAAGGAAAGCAAGGAAGCUAGCAAGUCACUAAGCCCACCGCCUGCUGACCUCCCCAACGACGUCGACAUGGCCGACGCGCCAAAGGUUGAGAAGACGGAGAAGAAAACCGAAGAGAAAGCAGCAGAGAAGUCGACCGAAAAGGAGGCCGAGGCUUCUGAACCUGCGAAAACUGCGACCGAGACCAAGGACAAGGAUGUCGAGAUGAAGGAGAGCGAUGACAAGGUCAACGGGGCGAAGGACGAGUCGCCGGCGGCUCCCACUGCUGCCGCUGGUCAAGAGGUAGAUCUCCAACCAGCAAGCUUGUCUCAACUGGCCAUUGACAAUGACAAGGAAAAGGACAAGCCCUCAAAGCCUGCGGAAGAAGACGUACCCAUGGCAGAGGCGCCAUCAACCGUUAGCAAGGUUUCUCGCGAGAGAGAGGAUGACGCCGAUGUUGAGCCCGCUUCCAAGCGCGCGAAGACUGAUUCGAAUGAUGGGGCUUCAGCUUCUGGAGCCAUCGAGUCCACCGUCGAGGUUAAGCCCCAAGGCGCGCAGGACGAUUUGGCCAAGGGCGAAUCGGCCCUCGAAGACCUUCCUUCAUGGAUCGACGCUGCACGCGACCCCAAACCUCUCACAUCUCACCAAACGCGAGAAUUCCGCAAGGUGUUGGCAGGCGUGAAGAAGACCAAACACGGUGCCCACUUCAAGGACGCAGUUGUCAAGAUGUGGCCUAGCCUUGCCGAGAGCUAUGUCAUGCGGGUUAACAGACCCAUGGAUAUCGGCGAGCUGGAGCGGGGCCUGCGCGACAAUAAAUACAGCAGCCUGCGCCAGUUCAAGGAUGAUCUUGGAUUGAUCUACAAGAACUCGGUUGCUUUCAACGGCGUCAACAACGAAAUCACGUUCGCGGCUCUCAGUGUGGUCAAGUUGACCUGGACCCGCGUUUGCGAGAUUCCUUCCGACGAGCCUGCGAAGUCGAAGCCUGUGCCGAAGCCCUCCCGAUACUCCGAGUCUCGAACAUCAGCCCCUCCACCUCCUGUCCGGAGACAGCCUAGUAUUGCUGCCGCGAGCCCGCCGGCGAAGGCUGAGGCCGAAGCAUAUGCCGUUCCUCCUGGCGGUGUGCCGCAAGUCCGCCGUGCCUCGACACAGAACGACUUGGAUCGGCCCAAGCGCGCCAUUCAGCCCACCAAGAACCGCGACCCGGACUACUCUUCCAAGACAUUCAACCGGAAGAAGUUGCCAAUUGAGCUUCAAUUCUGCUAUGAGGUGGUCAGUGAAUUGAUGGAUACGAAGAACGCCUCGUGCAACCUCGCAUUCCUGUCUCCGGUCGACCCCGUGGCUCUAGCCAUCCCCACCUAUUUUACCAUCAUCAAGCGGCCGAUGGACUUUGGUACGAUAAUGGCCAAGCUCAAGAGCUACGACUAUCCCGGUAUCAAGGAGUUCCAAACAGACGUCAAGCAAGUUUUCAAGAACUGCUACAAGUUCAACCAACCUGGCCAGCCCGUCUACGAGCAAGGCCAACAGCUCGAGCAGAUCUUCAGGGGCCUGUGGGCAAAGAAGGAGCAGUGGAUAAAUAAACACACCCCCGCCAAGCCAGUUGACGACGGCUCAAGUCGUGAUAGUGAAGAGGAAGCCGAGGAAGAGGAAGAGGCGCCAGCCCCAGCAGUCGAUCCCUCAGUGGCUGCGACAAUCGCAUUCCUGGAGAAGCGUCUUGAGCAGGAGACGAAGCAGUUGACCGACCUUUACAAGACGGCGGACAUCGCUAGUGACGCUGUCAUCGACCUUCAGCAGUCUCUGCUUACCACCAUCCGGCAGCGUCUCAUAGACGAGAAGGCCAAGCUCACGACUGCGAAGCCUGCCAAGAGCGCCACCAAGGCCAAGCCGCCAAAGCCUACCAAGUCGAAGGCGGCUAACGUCCCCACCAAGAAGGCAGCGGCGGCUCCCAUCUCGAAGAAGAGCGGUGGCGGCGUGGCCAAGAAACCCAAGCAACGAAACAUGAAUCAAGCGGAGAAGGAUGCUAUCGCCAAUGCUAUUAACUUUCUUGAGAGUCCUCACAUAGAACGUGCUAUCGACAUCAUCAAGAAAGAUACUGGUCAAUCGGAAAACAGCAGUGGCGAACUCGAAUUGGAGAUCGAUCAGCUCACCAACGAGGCGCUUCACAAGCUGUGGGAUUUGUGCAAAAAGACGUUGCCUGGGUUUGGGCCGGGCUUCACUGCGAAUGGGCCAGCACGUGAAGCAUCGCCAGUGAACAGUGCGCCGGCGAAGGCGUCAGCCAAUAACAAGUCCUCCAAAAACAAGAAGAACAAGCCCAUGAAUGCUCAAGAGCAAGAGGCUCGCAUUGCCGAGCUAGAGCGGCUUCGCCAUAUGUACGACGGCAAGGAACCGGGUGAUCAAGAGCGACCCGGUAGCUCCGGUCGUGCGCACGAAGCUCCUGUGCAUGACAAUGACAGUGAAUCUUCGGAUUCGGAAGAGGAGUAGUGAGGCAUAAUGAGUAGCAGCAACUUUUUGGGUCCAAAACUUGCUAGGUGGGGUGGAGA